AUGGAAGAGGAGAAGCUGUAUAGGAAAGAGUCGAAAUGGCCCAGACCCAUGUUCUGGAUCAUCACGGUAGCUCUGGCCGUAGCGGGCAUCGGCUUGGGGGUGAUCAUUGGCCAUUUCACGGCACCGAGGGAUGCUGAGUGCGCGGUUCCUACCCCCGAUCCAAAUACUGGUACGCCCCCUGUGAACGUUAUCGACCGUAUAAACGCUGAGAAUAUUGAAGAGAAUCUACGGUACUUCACUAAGGUUCCUCAUAUCGGUGGCUCUCCAGCUGAGCGUUCCAACGCGGAGUACAUGCGGGACACGUGGAAAGAACAAGGACUAGACUCGGCUAAACUUGUUCCUUAUGAUGUACUACUGUCUUACCCCGAUGACAAUAUUCCAAACAAGGUGUCCAUCCUCGAAGAUGGCAAUGAGAUAUUCCACUCGCGACUGGAGGAGGCGGUGCUUAGACCUGACGACGACCACCCUGAUGUCGUGCCGCCAUUUAAUGCAUAUUCAUAUCAAGGCGAACCAGAGGGCGACCUGGUGUAUGCUAAUUACGCUCGAGUGGAUGAUUUUGAAUACCUGGAGAAAAACCAUCCUGACCUCAACUUGACUGGCACCAUCAUCAUUGCCCGCUAUGGAAAGAUAUUCCGAGGAAAUAAGGCUCUGAACGCGCAGGCUGCGGGUGCCAAGGGUCUGAUUCUGUACUCCGACCCGGCAGACUACGCCAUCGAUGACGGUGACAUCAAGGUGUACCCAGACGGAUGGUGGCUGCCUGAGACGGGAGCACAAAGGGGGAAUACUUUUGUCAGUGACGCAAAGGGCGACCCUAUCACACCUGGUUACCCAGCCAAACCGUUUGCCUUUCGCAUAGACGACGAGGACACAGCCUUGCCCAAGAUUCCUGUCCAUCCCAUCGGCUAUGGGGAUGCCCAACUGCUCAACAUGACCGGUGUAGAGGUCAUUGAAGACUGGAGGGGUCACCUACCUGUCACCUACCGCCUUGGUCCAGGCUUCAGCAACCCACAAAGACAAAAAAAAUUUUUUUUUUCAUAAAGGAAUGUGAAAAUGACCAUCCACACUACCAGAGAGAGGCGGAUGACAUAUGACGUCAUCGGUUUAAUCAGAGGGGAGGUUGAACCAGAUCGCUAUGUCGUAAUUGGUAAUCACCGUGAUGCCUGGGUCUACGGAGCUGUAGAUCCGAGUAGUGGUACAGCAGCUUUGAUGGAAGUGUCACGUGCGUUUGGAGAGCUGAGGAAAUCAGGUUGGAAACCAAGACGAACCAUAGUCUUCGGUAGCUGGGGCUCAGAGGAGUACGGUCUAUUGGGUUCUACAGAGUUUGUAGAGGAAUUUCAGAGGAUCCUGGCUGCGAGGGCCGUGGCGUACAUCAAUGUUGAUUCUGCCGUGACUGGUAACUACACACUUUAUGCUAGAUCAACCCCGCUGCUCUACCAGGCUAUUUUUGCCGCCUCAAAGAAGGUGCCUGACCCAGAGGACCUGUCGAUGUCACUGUACGAUACCUGGCGUGACCGCGCUCCUGCAAAUGCUAACGAUCCCGAUACAUUGCCCAGAGUCAGCAAUUUAGGUUCGGGGAGCGAUUUUGCUCCAUUCAUGUACCGUAUCGGAGUGCCGGGAGUUGAUCUUAGCUACAGAUACGAUGCUUCGCUUGGCAUAUCCAGCUAUCCUGUCUACCACUCCGUCUACGAGACUUUCUAUUACAUGAAGAUGUUCCUUGAUUACGACUUCCUACGGCAUCAGGCUGUUGCCAGGCUAUGGGCUGAGGUAACCCGAGACUUGGCCGAGUCGGUCAUCCUGCCCUUUGACUGUACCGAUUACGUGGACAAGAUCACGGGGUCGAUGGACACGGUGAAGGCGGCGUACGAGACACAGAUGAACGACAAAGGAGUUACCUUCGAAUAUAUCUACUCUGCUCUGGCUAACUUUUCAGCUGCCGCCACUGAAUUUGAGAAAGUUAUUUCACAGACUGACAAAAAAGAUUUGAUGGCCGUGCGUCAAGUUAACGAUCAACUAAUGCAACUUGAACGAGCUUUCAUUGACCCUCUUGGGCUCCCAGACCGCAAGUUUCUCAGACACAUAGUCUUCGCUCCCAGCAGUAAGAACUACUACGCCGCAGACGCCUUCCCGGGCAUUGUUGACGCUAUGUAUCGGAUCGACGAGGCACCAGACCAAGAUGCAAGCUGGGAUAUCGUGCGUCAGCAGAUGGCAGUCACAACUCACGCCAUCCAAUCAGCAGUCAGCACGCUGCAGGAUGUGCUUGCUUUCGAUGGUUAAU